CCCGAUUUAGUUGCUCCGAAGACAAUUCACGAGACGGACGCAUCCCUGCUGUCGGUUGUCGGUUUUGGAAGGAAGAAUCGAUAGUCCGGAUACGCGAUCGAGCUUCAGAGUUUGAUGUAGAUGUUCUGAGCGCUGCCGUGUAGUGUGGCACUCAGUUACAAGUGAGUUCGGGAAGAUCGCGACGGAGAGCUUUCGGGGCUAACAAACUGAUCUGGGUGGCAGUGUUGAGUCACACGCGAAUCACCGUGCACCAGUAGUCAGUGGGAGGCGCAGAAUUGUAGUUACAUAAGGGUUUUGUGCUUGUGACUUGUUGUUGCCGAUCGUGAUCGAUCGUUAUAUUUGGGGGAAAAACAGGAGCAAGCAUUGUGAGAAGCUCCAAGUGUGAUUAUAUUGGGAGUGAAAAAGCAAUUUGAUCCUUGUUGAUCUGGAGAAUCUACCAAAACAGAAAAAUCAAAGGAAUGAUCUUAAUGUAUGUGAUAAUCUUGAAACAAAGUGAUAUUACAACUUGAAGACCUGUGCUCUUGUGGGAAUUGUUAAGUAUUACCAGAUUGUAGUGGCAAAGCAGAAGAGUUGCGAAACAAAAAGGAUUUGAACGAGCGUUAAUCGAAGAAGACACGAACCUGUCAGCAAUACAACGAUCAUCUAUCCUGAACUUCAUCCAGAAGACAUCGACUGAAGUAAACGUAAUUCCAUCCAAAGUGAAUGAUAAGUGAUAAACAAAUUUAGCUCAACGAGUUAUCCAGUGUACACGUACAAAUAAAUGAUACAUUGAACCCAUCGUAAUCAACGACUGAAGAAUUAAUCCUAGGAGGAAGAACUCCGUGAAGAUAUCUAGUGCUACUCAAAGUGCAAUAUCAGUGUUGAAGCAAGGCAAAAUUUCCGCAAAAACAAGUCAAACAGGAAUCAAGUGAUUCCUCUGGAUUAAAUGGCAAGUGAGUGAGACGGGAAACGUUUUGCAGUGCACCAGAGUGAGACAUCGAAAUCGGGAAUAAACUGCGACUUUGCGAGCUGAUCUGUGUGCCCGAGUCCAGAGAUAUUGAAACCGAGAAGAACCCGCGGGAUCCGCAGAGUGACAAACUGCAUGAUCUCACAUAUUGUUUCCGCAAGUGCAAAUGAAUUCUCCCCCGUUGGAGUGACACCCAGAGUGAUUUGAAUAAGCUGGAACGCAAUUCUCUGUCGGAAAUCGAUCCCACAGGAACAAGUGUUUGUGUUGGAGUCAUCGUGGGGAAGAUUCUGGAGCUGAACUCGUGAUCGUGUAGGAGCACGCGUUCGCAAAAAUUAGCAAGAACUUCAAGAACUUCGAUCCUACCGCAGAAGAGUAUCGAGCAUACGAUCAGAUCAUAAACACUCAAUUAACAUGUACCUCGUAAUCGGCGGAGAUCGCCGCUGAAGGAUUACACCACUCCGCUUAGAAUAAGAUUAAUCGCAAUCUAUGGGCAUCAUAUAGAGGCAAAAGCUAACAACCAUGGCCGGAACGCAACCACCCCGGAGCGUGACGCCGACUGUCCAGCAGGACUACGACGUGACGCGUAUGCGCGAGGAGGACUUUGAGCGGCUGGCCGUCUACAUCGUGCCGGAUGUGCCCUGCGAGAAAGGCAUCCCCAGCCGGGCGGACAAAACCCUGCCCCGCAGCCUCACGCUCAAACCCUCGCUGGUCCUGUCGACGCCAACCGCGACGACGGAAGGAGUAUGGAGCACCGGAGUGAUACCCCGCGGUACUCGAUUUGGGCCCUUCGAGGGCGUACGGACACCCAGCCAUCCCAGCGACAAGCAGUUGUGGCGGUAUUUCUGGAGGGUCCAAGAGCUGCGACACGUUUCCUAUGGGAAUAUCAAGAUAUUCAAAGACAGCGACUUCUACUACCUGGAUGGCUCGGAUCCAGCGCAGUCCAACUGGAUGCGGUACGUCGCAUCGGCGUACAGCUUCUCGGUAAUGAACCUGGUGGCCUGUCAGCACCAGGAGCACAUCUACUUCUACACAAUCCGGGACAUCAUGCCCAACGAAGAACUGAUGGUUUGGUACUGCCGGGACUUUGCCAAACGGCUGGGCUACGAUAUUGAUCCCGAGCGGGCGACCUACUCCAUCUGUCGGGAGGAGACGCUCAAGAAGACGUACGGUGCAAUCGCUAAGGCGCCAGUACCGGCCGAAGUGGCCUACAAUCACGUCAAACACGUUAUGGGCCUUGGGAUGUACAUGCCGGCGAUACGGAACGCCCCAACGCCUAGCCCUUCGCCACCUGCCGCAGUACCCAGCACCACAACAGUUGUAGUUCCUUCCAAGCACCAGAUGCAUCAGACGGUGCUGCGAGAGCCGAGGACAGCGGUAGAACACCACCGGGACCGAUCGCCGGUCAGGCUUAUCAUCCGGGAACAAAGUCCACUGAGGGAAAGUGCAAAAGAGGUCGAUGCCAACUCACCGAUCUCACACAACGGCAAAGAGGCUCACUAUGAGCACCAAUUGACGCCGAACGAUGGUUCGGUAAGGUCUGACGAAGGAUACCACAGCAAUGGCUACCACGAGGAUGCUUUCACCCCUCCGGAAGACUCCAGUGACAGUGAGAGUGAGCAUAACUACGUGCUGGAUUGCUCGAAGAAGGCGAUCGAACCUAAGGAGACCAGCGUUAGUCAGAAGGCUGAGAUUUGUGAUAAAAAUGAGUACCGGAAGGUCAAAAUGAAAAUGCCAUUGAAGUAUGAGUUCAAGAACAAUAAAAACUUCAAAUCACCUAGCGAUAAGGAGGACAUAGUGGAGGAAGAGGAAGUUGUCACGACGAGGGAGGUUACUCCGGCCACAAGCACAGUUAUUGUGGUAGACACCACUCCAGAAACGACGAUUGUCCCCCUAACCAAAACAUAUUACGAAGCGGAGACUUCCACAUCUCCAGCAACUUACAUCCGAUACUCUCCGCCAAGUUCAAGUAUUCUUGAAACAAUCCUCACCGGCAGUCGACCACAGGUGGAUGAUCCUCACCGAAGGCAACCGAACGCUACGCCGCCUCCAACCUCCCCAACAGAAAUGGCCUAUUCGUACAAAAAAUCACAUCGGUAUGGUACCGCAUGCAGUCCAGACUCGAGUUCACAGAAUGCCGAACGCGAGAUCAGGGAAAGCGAACCACAAAUACUACAGGACACCAAGAUCAUCUCCAUAGAUCAUCGUGAAUCUCAGUCACCGACUUUGAUCUACAGCAGCGAACAUCGGCCGCAGUCGUCGCACUCGCCUGGUCCCUACGAGCCCUCCCCGCAUAAUUACGCCAUCUAUCCCUCACCGAACGGAACAGUGAUCAACAAUGCUUCCAGUUCGACCUACUCGCCACCUUUGAACGGUGGCCACUACGAGAGACUGACAACGCACACAAUCCAGUCCCCUCACGGAUUCGUGCAACUCCAAGCCAAGGGACAACUUCCUCUGGGACAUCCGCUGAUGCAGCCACUUCCCCCGUUGACGCACAUGUCUCCCGGAAGGUGUUCACCGCCCAGCAGCCUCAGCCCGGAUGGUGGUUCCUACUCGCGAAGUGGCAGCCCAAUGAGUCCGGGAAGUCCAGGAUCCCGAGGCUAUCGAAGUCUGCCAUACCCACUUCGCAAACGAGACGGCAAAAUGCACUACGAAUGCAACGUCUGCAGCAAGACCUUCGGGCAGCUGUCCAACCUUAAAGUGCACCUGCGAACUCACUCAGGCGAGAGGCCCUUCAAGUGUAACGUCUGUACCAAAUCCUUCACCCAGCUUGCCCACCUACAGAAGCACCACUUGGUGCACACCGGCGAGAAGCCGCACCAAUGUGAUAUCUGCAAGAAGCGGUUCUCCUCCACGUCGAACCUGAAGACCCAUCUGAGGCUACACAGCGGCCAGAAACCCUACGCAUGCGAUCUGUGCCCGCAGAAGUUCACCCAGUUUGUGCACCUGAAGCUGCACAAGCGACUCCACACCAACGAUCGGCCGUACGUAUGCCAAGGUUGUGAUAAGAAGUACAUCAGUGCUUCGGGACUGCGAACCCACUGGAAGACGACGAGCUGCAAGCCAAAUAACCUGGAGGAGGAGCUGGCGCUGGCCGCUGCUGCCACUUCCGAAUGUAUAGACAAAGAUCAACCGGACAGCAAUGAUCACCGAGAGUACUACGAACUGCAGAACCAUCCGCCCUCUCCAGUAGCUCCUCAUCAACUGAGGCACGUUGUAGUAGGUCACGGUUCUCCCCCAACUCUCCUCGGCAUGUCUCCGCAACAUCCAGGCCAUCUGAUCCAGGUUCACCCGGGAUCGGACGCGAUCAUUCAAAAAGUAGGCAAGCACCCCUCCAGUGGCAACAGCCCUUCCUCCACUACCACCACGAACAACAACAACCCAACCAUGGUGAAUGGCAACGUGCAUUACUUGGGAGGCCCCCUGCCACCUCAGGGACCUCUGCCACAUCUACAGCAUCACCCCCAUCACCAUCCCGCGUCCCAUCAACAUCAACCGCCUCAGAUCAGCGUUAUGGGGCACCAUGGAGGCGGGCCGGCUCCGCCCAAUUCGACGGAACCGCCAACCAGCCGACCCAGCGUGAUCGAGUCCAGCCAGCCAAUGAUCAUCGAGUGCACGUAGCUUCCGCUGCAGAUGGGCCCGGGACCUCCUCCGCCCCCCAUCCGGCAGGACAGUGUCAUCCGGGUGAUCGGUUGUUGAGCGCGGAGAUGGCGCGUAAGAUCUGAGGGAAUGAAUAUCUGUGAAUACUAGUUUUGUAAGAGUUACACACAUACACUUUGAACGUAGGACGCAGGAAAGAAAGCUGAAAACACACACUCACCCAAACAUACACACACAGCUAGCUGCUAAGAGGAGUAUAAAUUUAUAUAUUUAUUUUUUACCUAUUAUCAGCGCUAUUAAGAUAAGGAUGAAAAAAUUCGCAAAAAAAAACCGCAAAAACAAGCAAGCAUAAGGUUAAGUGUUCUUAAGGAUAAACUCUAGCGUUAUACGAUCCAUGAGUUUGCGAAACGAAGGCGAGGAAAUUUGUCACUUUUCUUUGGGACCGUUGCAAUCACUGAGAAAUUGCGAUCGUUUUGUAAAUAUAGCGCACUAAGUCAGUGGUUUCUCUGUGAUUAAUGGGCUGUUACUGGACUUCAGAAAAAGCAACUUUGACUGAAAUUUGGAUGUUACUCGCUGUCUUAUUUCAUGAUCUGAAAUAUCUAAUUUGGAAAAGUGUGAAAAUUUUAAGAAAAUUUCUUUCACUAGUGAUUAUGUUUUACAGACUGAUUUUUUCCUCUCUUGGUUUAAGACAAAUAAAAUUCGGUUUCAUAUUGAUACAAUCUUGAGAAGAAAUUUUUUUUGUCAAGCAGACUUUAUAUUGGGUUUUUAAAAUUCAUUUUCUUGGAAAAUUAGGCACCAUUUACAUUCUUCCUCAUCGCUGUCGUACGACUGUUGAGAGAAGCUGAUGAUAAAUUAUUAAAAAAUAUUAAUUAGCAAGUCUUUCACUGCCCAUAUUCGCAUAUUAAUCCGUUUUUUUAUAUUUUUUUUUAAAUAUGGGACAAUCAUGAGUUUAUGGGCAAUCCAAAUUUGAGAAACUUCCCAACGGAA